AGUUGGAAGGCAGUGCGGCUGUAGUGCGAGCCGCCGUAACCUUUUUUUUUGUUAACCUGCAAAAUUUGUUUAAUAGAAACAUCUGCAUACUUUCACCUCCCAGACGACUGGAAAGAGACUAAAAGUAGAGGGAAACUAGGAACGUGGACAAGACAGAAAAGGAAGGUUCGAGGAAGUUUCCGGUGGAAAAUCCGACCAAAGAAGUUUGCGAAAUUAAAGGAGUUUUCACUUCCGAGUUGUGGAAUUGUUGAGGUGGGAGGUGUGUGCUAAAGGACUGCGAUGCACCGCUUAAGGACUUGUGCUUCACGGCUGCGGCCGCUCACAGCCUCUCAGACUGCUCAGAACUUUUCACAGCAGAGGCAGGGGGCGGCCCCAAGGACGUUUCAGCCAAUGAGGUGCUACACUGCGCCAGUGGCUGCCGAGCCAUUCCUCAAUGGGACAAGCUCCAAUUAUGUGGAGGAGAUGUAUUACGCGUGGCUGGAAAACCCCAAGAGUGUUCAUAAGUCUUGGGACAUUUUUUUCCGAAACGCCAAUGCUGGCGCCCCCCCGGGCACAGCCUACCAAAGCCCUCCCCCGCUGGGUGUGAGCCUGUCCGGACUGACGCAGGCGCAGUCCCUGGUAGGAGCUCAGCCCAAUGUGGAGAAGCUGGUGGAGGACCACUUGGCUGUGCAGUCCCUCAUCCGCGCAUACCAGAUCCGCGGGCACCAUGUUGCUCAGCUCGACCCUCUGGGGAUCAUGGACGCCGAUCUGGACUCUUGUGUCCCGACCGACAUUAUCACGUCUUCGGAUAAACUCGACCUCGCGGUUUUCAAGGAUCGUCUCAGUAUUCUAACGGUCGGAGAGUCAGAGUACAAGUCAUGUUUUAAAACAUGUGCGAAACACUGGGACAGUGGCUUCUACGGGCUGGAUGAGUCUGACCUGGACAAGGUGUUCCGCCUGCCCACCACCACCUUCAUCGGGGGUAACGAGAGUGCCCUGCCCCUGAGGGAGAUCAUCCGCCGUCUGGAGAUGGCGUACUGCCAGCAUAUUGGAGUGGAGUUCAUGUUCAUCAAUGACCUGGAUCAAUGCCAGUGGAUACGGCAGAAGUUUGAGAAGCCCGGGGUGAUGCAGUUCACACUGGAGGAGAAGAGAACUCUGCUGGCCCGGAUGGUCCGUUCCACCAGGUUUGAGGAGUUCCUCCAGAGGAAGUGGUCCUCGGAGAAGCGCUUUGGGCUGGAGGGCUGUGAAUCAUUGAUCCCCGCCCUCAAGACCAUCAUUGACAAGUCAAGUGAGAACGGCGUGGAGAAUGUCAUCAUGGGCAUGCCACACAGGGGUCGUCUGAAUGUCCUGGCCAAUGUCAUCCGUAAGGAGUUGGAGCAGAUCUUCUGCCAGUUUGACUCCAAGCUGGAGGCAGCUGAUGAGGGGUCUGGGGAUGUGAAGUACCACUUGGGGAUGUAUCACAGGAGGAUCAACCGUGUGACUGACCGCAACAUCACGUUGUCCCUGGUGGCCAACCCCUCUCACCUGGAGGCUGUGGACCCCGUGGUGCAGGGCAAGACCAAGGCCGAGCAGUUCUACUGUGGCGACACCGACGGCAACAGGGUCAUGUCCAUCCUGCUGCACGGUGACGCUGCGUUCGCUGGCCAGGGCAUCGUGUACGAGACCUUCCACCUGAGCGACCUGCCCUCCUACACCACCCACGGCACCGUGCACGUGGUCGUCAACAACCAGAUCGGCUUCACCACCGACCCCCGCGUGGCCCGCUCCUCGCCUUACCCCACCGACGUGGCCCGGGUGGUUAACGCACCCAUCUUCCACGUCAACGCGGACGACCCCGAAGCCGUGAUGUACGUGUGCAACGUGGCAGCCGAGUGGAGGGCCACCUUUCACAAGGACGUGGUGGUGGACCUGGUGUGCUACCGGCGGAACGGCCACAACGAGAUGGACGAGCCCAUGUUCACGCAGCCGCUCAUGUACAAGCAGAUCAAGAAGCAGAAGGGCGUGCUGCAGAAGUACGCCGAGAAGCUGAUCGCCGAGGGCGCCGUCACGCGGCAGGAGUACGAGGAGGAGAUCGCCAAAUACGACAAGAUCUGUGAGGAGGCGCACGCGCGCUCCAAGGACGAGAAGAUCCUGCACAUCAAGCACUGGCUGGACUCCCCCUGGCCUGGCUUCUUCACCCUGGACGGCCAGCCAAAGAGCAUGAGCUGCCCCUCCACCGGACUGAAUGAGGAGGACCUGACCCACAUUGGGCAGGUGGCCUCCUCUGUGCCCGUCGAGGACUUCACCAUACACGGAGGUCUGAGCCGUAUCCUGAAGGGCCGUGGUGAGAUGAUUAAGAACCGCACGGUGGACUGGGCGCUGGGAGAGUACAUGGCCUUCGGCUCGCUGCUGAAGGAGGGAAUCCAUGUCCGGCUGAGUGGUCAGGACGUGGAGAGAGGCACCUUCAGCCAUCGUCACCAUGUGCUGCACGACCAAAACGUUGACAAGAGGAUCUGCAUCCCCAUGAACCACAUCGGCCCCAACCAGGCCCCCUACACCGUGUGCAACAGCUCCCUGUCUGAGUACGGCGUGCUGGGAUUCGAGCUGGGCUUCGCCAUGGCCAGCCCCAACGCCCUGGUGCUGUGGGAGGCCCAAUUCGGCGACUUCCACAACACGGCCCAGUGCAUCAUCGACCAGUUCAUCUGUCCCGGCCAGGCCAAGUGGGUCCGUCAGAACGGCAUCGUGCUGCUGCUCCCCCACGGCAUGGAGGGCAUGGGCCCAGAGCACUCCUCCGCUCGCCCCGAGAGGUUCCUGCAGAUGUGCAACGAUGACCCAGAUGUGUUCCCAAAAAUCACUGAUGACUUUGCUGUGCGUCAGCUCUACGACUGCAACUGGAUCGUGGUGAACUGCUCCACGCCUGCCAACUACUUCCACGUGCUGAGGAGGCAAAUCCUGCAGCCCUUCAGGAAGCCUCUCAUCGUUUUCACCCCCAAGUCCUUGCUGCGUCACCCUGAGGCCAAGUCUAAUUUUGAUGACAUGCUGCCAGGCACUCACUUCCAACGCAUGAUCCCGGACGAAGGCGCCGCUGUGCAGAACCCUGCGGGAGUGAAGCGCAUCAUCUUCUGCACAGGGAAGGUCUACUACGAGCUCACCCGCGAGCGCAAGGCCCGGGGCAUGGAGGACUCGGUCGCCAUCGCUCGCGUCGAGCAGCUGUCCCCUUUCCCCUUCGACCUGGUGAAGGCCGAGACAGAGAAGUACCCUGAGGCAGAUCUGGUGUGGUGCCAGGAGGAGCACAAAAACCAGGGUUACUACGACUACGUCAAGCCCCGUAUGCGUACCACCAUUGACCGCACACGCCCCGUCUGGUAUGCGGGCCGUGAUCCCGCUGCUGCUCCGGCCACCGGGAACAAAAAUACUCACCUGCUCGAGCUGAAGCGCUUCCUGGACACUGCCUUCAACCUGGACGCCUUCACGGGCCAGGUUUAGAGUCCCCUCCUCGCCCUGUCCCUGGGACAUGGGGGGCACCCUUGCCCCUCUGCUGCCACCAUCACCCACCCCACACUGCAGAAACCACUUCCUCCGUCCCAUUCGUACAGACUCAUAGCCCGUGGACUCAGCGCUCAGAGCAAAAGUCUCUCCCCCCCGCAGUUACGCUGAGGCCUGGGUAGACACCAUUGCCCUCAGCAGCGCACUAGCAGUAGUCAUGUGUUACUGUAAACAGCCAUUUUCUCCAUAAAAGACACUGACUUCUCCCCUCCGUACACAAUCAGUAGCCUUUAGCCGCUAGGACUGGAGUUUCCGCUGUAGAUGACGAUCAAACCCAAAUAUCCAAGACGGUAUAUAACUACAGAUACCGUAACUGACCGCACAGUACGUCUGCCUUUUUUCUGUUUGGCUUUUAGAAUAUAUUAUAUCACUGGUGACGCUCCACUGACUGGCUUUGUGCCACCUUGUUCUGUAUUGGUUUGUGUUGUCUAAAGCUCCACCUAGAUAACGAAAGCACAUACCUGUGGAGGUUCUUUCAUUUGAGAGCACUGCAUCUGAUUCUGUUCUGGUUUUCUACUGCAGUAAAGAUGUUUCAAAAUCUGA